AUGGCGAUGAUGGAGUCUCCAGAACCUGCGCCGUUAGCCCUUUCACAUAGCUCAAUCUACCACAGUGAUACAAUGGACACUGCCAAGCUCUGGUUUACGCUGCUCUGUGUUUGUGGCUGCUGGAUUUUGAGUCUGGCAAUAAACUGUGACUGGACCACUGAGUAUGACUACGAAGAAAGAUGUUGUAAAGCCUGUCCUUUGGGUGAGUAUCCCAAAGUACCAUGUCCAGAGAACAACACCGAAAGUGUGUGUGAGAAAUGUUCAACAGCUGUUUCGGCUAAGGACAAAUGUUUCUGCAAAGAUAAUCACUUAUGUUUUGAUGACAAAUGUGGUAUUUGUAAGACCAGGGAAAGAUGCAAACCUGGACAUCAGCUGAAGAGAACUGGUGCCUUUGAUUAUUGGUACUUUUGUGAGCCAUGUCCAAACAACACUUACAAUGAUGCUGAGGACAGUACGUGUAAAUCCAUUACAAAGUGUGUUGGUGGUGAAAUCUUCCCUGGAAACAAGACCCACAAUGCAAUAUGUGUCUCUUCUGGUUUGUACUUUUUACUACUGUCAUAUACAACACAUACUGUCAUUAUGGGGAAAAUGCUACAAAUGCAUUUCUCAUUUUUCCACAGCAAAUUUCAUAGUUCAACCAGUAGAGAGAGAGAGAGAGAGAAAGACAGGAGUCAGACUACUCAUUCUUUCAUGUUGGCCUGUUUAGCAGUCACUGUGUUGACCUGCCUGGUUUUUAUCAUGUAUACUGCUUUUCAAAUUUUCAAAUACAAGAUGCUCACAAAAAUAAGCAAACCAUGCACACAUAGGAUGGUAUUGCCCUCAGAUACAUGCAGUUGCAAAUUAUCCAAGGAGGAAAAGGGUGAGGACUCGGAAGACCCUUGCAAGCAUGAUGUGCACAGCUUUCCUUGAAGUUUCUCUGUAAUGUGAAGAACACUGCACAAAGGUGUCAUCUCAGUUUCAAAACUGAUUCAUAUAAUAAGGAGGAAUGAGCAGAAGGUGACAUGUUUAUGUUUGCCAUGAAAUUUGCUCUCUGAAGCUGAUUUAUGCAAGACGUGCAACAGGAGUGAUGCUUCCUGUUAACUUUAUAUGUUACCUUGUAAGUGUAAAAACGGUUAAAAGACAGGCUUUCAAAUUUUCUACAAGAGCAGAGAACAGUUUCCAUUAUGCAGUUAAGUAACGGGUGUAAUUAAACAUUACAAAUGUAAGGUUUACAACAGAUUAACCUGAGGACAUGGUAAUGGACAUAAAAGAAAUAAGUAUUGGACCAAAGAUUAACAGACACAACA